AUUCUGCUUCAAUGCCACAAACGCAACACGAAUUAACCAUUUUAUCUGCCAAAACGAGAACGCCGAUAUAAAGGUUAGAGGUUAGGGUUGGAAAGAAGAGAAGAAGCUGGAGAAUGGAGGUCCAAUUUGUGAGAGGCUACGAGCGCACUAUGGUUUUACCGAGGGUAUACUUUGACAUAAACGCAGAUGAGAAGUCUUUAGGACGAAUUAUCAUAGAAUUACGACCUGACGUUGUACCAAAGACGUCGGAAAACUUCCGAGCUUUAUGCACAGGGGAGAAAGGCUUUGGUUACAAAGGCAGCUAUUUUCAUCGUGUAAUUCCCCAAUUUGUUUGCCAAGGGGGUGAUUUUACAAAUCACAACGGUACAGGUGGAAAGUCUAUUUAUGGCGACAAAUUUGAGGACGAGAAUUUUGAACUCAAGCACACAGGCUAUGGUAUAUUGUCAAUGGCAAACUCUGGUCCAAAUACUAAUGGUUCACAAUUUUUUAUCACCACUGCAAAGACGCCUUGGUUGGACAAUAAACAUGUUGUGUUCGGCUCUGUUGUUCAUGGGAUGGAUAUUGUAAGGAAAAUUGAAAGUUACGGUUCGCAGAGUGGUAAGACAUAUGAAAAAAUUAUGAUAGGAAAUUGUGGUCAAUUGUGUUAAAUAAAUUCAUAUGUUGUGUAAUAAGAAACUCAUUUGGAUUCUUCUAAAUACUCAACAAGAAUGUUCAAUGUG